GUGUGUUCCCCCCUUUCAACACGGUGCCCCCUGCUCCCUCAUUCCGUACUCCGGGAUUGGGACCAGUCGGUGAUCAAGGUCCAGUCGGAACUGAGGAGCUGCCGGAUUUAUGUUGUCCUAAGUGCCAGUACCUGGCUCCAGAUAUGGACACACUGCAGAUACAUGUAAUGGACUGUAUACAGUAACAUAAUCAUUAUUGCCCUGCACACCAUGACAACAACAUACAUAGAUAUGCAGUAUGUAUAGUCUGUUUAGAUUCAGUGUGUCUUCUCCCAUUUCUGGGUGCCCGCUGGAAAAACAUGUUUGGAUAGUUGCACCUUACUCUCGCUUUCUCUCUCAAACAAAUACACAUCCACAAACCUGAACACAAAUUCUGGAUCUUUCUGUUGAACAGUUCAGUAUGCUGGAAUUGAGACAGUUCAUGCCAAGGCAAUCUGAUGACAGUUUGAACAAGUGAAAGAAAAGCAAGAAAAUCAGCAUGAUAUUUCCCUGUAGCUCUAGUGUGGAUCCAGUCUCUGCUGUAGUUUUUCCCUUUCCACAAUCAGUAUAAUCAUUUCUGUUCUUAUGUUUCCCCUCUUACCUUUUCCUAUGCUUACUUUCCUCUGAGACAGCACUUUGAUGCACAUUUUCUUCAGUAUUUUUUAGAUUCAGUGAUUAGAUUCACAUGAUCCUCUAUCCCCCAUUUCCUUGCUACUUUGCUUUAAUGCUGUAGUGAUGACAGAGGAGCACACUACAUGCUGUGAAGUAAAUGUGUAUACUUGUAAUUCCAUCAGUCCAAAAGAUCAGUAAUUAUUAGACCUAAGGUGAUGAUAAGUUUAGAAGAAAAAAAAGAAGUGACAAUCCAGAUGUUAUACACAUGAUCAUGUGAAUAACAUAUUGAGCUUAAAAAAAAAAUCAGAUAUGUUAUGGUUGUAAACGUAGCUGUCUGCAUUACCUCAGAACAUGUAUUAUGAUGUAUUAGAGAUGGAUUUAUUCUUGUUGGAGGAAAAAAGUAACCAUUCUUUGUGUUCUGUGCCUGUGUACAUGACUGACUGAACCUCAUGCUAAACCCAGUCCUUAACCCAACAGCCCUUUUGUGACCCUUCUAUUGUCUUAGCUUUACCUGUUGCACCUAUUUAUCUAUCUGAAUGUAAGAUUUCUUCACAGUUUGUGUGGAUUUUAACUAAGUAUAGAAACAUUUGUGGAAAAAAUGCAUCAAACUGUUGGAGAUUCACAAAAUAAAUCAGUUAUUCAUUUGA